AUGGUAGAAAGUCGAAUUGUCAUACGAAAUUGUGUUAUUAAUCUCACUAAUAUUCUCCUGGAAGAACUGGAAGAAGUUUUGGAGGAAGAGAGAAAUCCUGAAAAAAGGGUAUGGUGUCGAGAAUGGCUUACACGAAGAGAAAGUCAAGGAGCUUCCACCACUUUAAUAAGGGAGCUGAGAUUUGAAGAUCCUAAAGAAUACAGAAUGAUGCUCAGAAUGACUGCUGAAAAAUUUGACUAUUUUUUAGGCUUAAUAAUAUUAUGGGCGACGCUAUCAAACCAGAAGCAAUGUUGGAAGCAGCCUUGA